AUGUUGUAUUCACAAUGGCAAGAAGAAGUACUCCGCGUAAUCAACUACGCUGACGUGGACGUGUGGCGAACCGGCAUAAAGCGCGAGACGCAGCAAGACCAAGUUAUAUGGUUCGAUACUCGAGAUGCGCGGUACACGUUUAUCAACAGCGCCGAAACGCGAUUUGAUGAUGCCGAUUUCCAUGCUGUGGAUGGCGAAUGCAAGGAGUACAACGCGCACGUUACGCUCGACUGGAGACGACUCAUGACCAUGCUAUUUGCUGAGGAGAAUAUCGUACGAAAGAGGCUGGGAAGCGGCACACUGUCGUUUUGGGAGUACGCUGAGCAGCGUAUCCGGAAUAUCCUUAGGAGUUCGGGGCGCCGCAUGUCCAUAGGUAACAGGGAACUGAGAUUAGAAUUCGUACUUUACAGGCGCAGAGUCAAUGUUUUUCUUCAGAUACUUUGUUGGAAUGACUGCAGAUUUUAUCCUCUGUAUACUGAAGCGUUGGAGCGGCGUCUUCGUUACGCGUUUGAUCGGGAUGGUGGGGAUACAUGCAGACUUGAGGACGUUUUCGAUGACGUCCGUGAAUUUAAUAAACAGUUGGGGAGUGACAGGAUGCAGAGACGGAGUGAUCGAUUGAAGGAUUUUGCUGAAGGACUAUGGGCGCAGCGGUGGAACGUUUAA